AUGACAUUGACAGUUGAUAAUGCUUCGUCAAAUGAUACUGCCAUUGCUUAUUUGAAGAAGCAUUUUAAGCAUGGGUUGGUGUUAGAUGGUGAAUUCUUGCAUGUUCGAUGUUGUGCACAUAUAUUGAACUUAAUUGUAUGUGAUGGCCUAAAAGAUAUUAAUGAUUCAUUGGUUCGAAUUCGAGAUGCUGUAAGGUUUGUUAGAUCUUCUCCUGCUAGACUUGCCACAUUUAAGAAGUGUAUCAAAGAGGGAAACAUAGAUAGUAAAAGUAUAUUGUGUCUUGAUGUUCCAACUAGAUGGAAUUCUACUUAUUUGAUGCUUGAGGCCGGUGUAAAAUUUGAAAAGGCAUUUGAGAGGUUAGAAGACUACGACACAAUCUACAUAAAUGAGGAGGAAAAACCAACCACCAGGGAUUGGGAAAUUGCGAGAAUAUUUACCAAAUUCUUGUUAGUGUUCUAUGAAGUAACUGUUAGACUUUCAGGGUAUUUGUAUGUUACUUCCAAUACAAUCUUCCAUGAGAUUAGUAUUGUUCAGGAUUGCAUAAAAAAAUAUUCAAAUACAAUUUGUCAUAAUGAUGUGUUUUUGCAAGAAAUGGCAACGAAAAUGCAAGAAAAGUUUGAUAAAUAUUGGAGAAAAACAGAUAGAACAAAUUUAUUCUUCUAUGUUGCCUUCGUUUUGGACCCUGAUUAUAAGAUGAAAUUUCUUUUGCAUUGCCUAAAUCAAUUAUUUGAUGUUGAUGUGGCAAAAAUUGUAGGAAGUAAGGUAGAGGGUGUUUUGAGAGCAUUGUUCAAUGAAUACAAUUUGUCACUAUCAGUUGCUAAUAAGGGUCAAUCUUCAUGUACCAUUAAAAGUUCUCCAUUUAGAACUACAAGUGCAAGUGCUUAA